UGGAAAGCCAACCCUUGAAUUGUUAACGACUCUGUUUUUGCGAUCAGGGACCGUGCGUCAGGCACUUCACCACUAAUAUCUCCAGCCAGUUUAUUGAACAGCGAUGGCGUCAAAGUGUGCCCUGCUUGACGAGGCCGCUACGGCCGGGGUAUUGAAGUUCCCUCAUGAGGCACGAAAGGAUCCCAAAAGUCACAACUUGGUCGAAGCUGCUGCCCGGAUCGAAUCCUUCUCCGAGAAGGCGAAAGGAAGGGUCACUUUAUUCCUGGGUGCAGCGAUUUCCACUUUCAAGCCAGCUCAAUUACCUAUGUGGAAUGACUUUGUGGAACUGUUGUGGACGUCGGCGUUGAAUGUGGCCGUCACAGACAUCCAGCCUGAUACAGUGUCCGAGGGAAUCCUGGGCUUUUUCGACCGCCUCAAGAACACCGUCCCCAACUACAUGGUUACCGAAGUCAUCUCAAGACGCCUUGGUCAACAAUAUCUGCAAGUCUUGGACGCAUUUCGGGCCGAGAAGCGAGAGGAUGGAGCUUUUGCGUUCAACAAGAUACACACGUGGGCCGCUGAGCUUCUCUCUGCUGGCGCAGUUGCUGCAGUUAUGACCACAAAUUUUGACAACUACCUGGAGAAGGCAAUCGAGAGUAAGACGUCGCUCUUUUACCAGGUCGUUGGGGAUCCUCAUGUGGACGGCAAGGAAAUUUCGGCCCGUUUGCCAUUGACAUCUUCAGCCAAAAAGUUGGUUCUGAUAGUGAAUGGUGCCAAAGCCUUUGCCUUUAUACGAUCUCUUAUGCCACAGCUGGGGAACGGCAAGGUAACAUUCCUCUUCAAAAUCCACGGGUCUUGCUAUGACCCCGUCAGCUGCAUUGACACUCGACUACAACGUGCCCAAGGUCUGCCUUCUUUUGCAACCGAUGUGCUCGAUAUUCUCCUCAAACGGACGGUGUGGCUGGUUGCAGGCUUUAGUGGGAGUGACAUGAAUGACAACCUUGACUACCUUCGCUUUCUAUCAAACAAGAGGCAGGCCUCAAUUAUUUGGCUCAUGCUCCCCCAGAGCCCCUGGGAAUCAUCAAUGGAGGGCCUCACCCAGAAUAUGGACCUUAAAAAGGACUCGCCUGUUGGAUUCUGCCUUCUUAAUGGCUAUUUUCUUGGAGAAAGACAUUCUGGCGAAAGCAAAUUCCCUCGUUUUGAGCAGAAGAUCAAGUUAUGGGCCGAAGGGUUGGGACCGGAUUGGUGCAAACUGAUCUUGAUCGACUUGAUCACUCUGUUCGAGGAGAGGAGUGCGGAAAAGGCUUAUCCAGAACUUCUGCAAAGACUCAAUGGGGGAACGCCGCCGAGACAGGACUGGAAUGGCAUCCUGCAACAUAUGGACCUCCAGACAGAAGAAUCUCAGGUCGGGCCAGCCAAGUGUUGUGCCGAAGUAUGGGAAACGCUAAGCUAUAUUCUCGAGGACGAAGGCCCAUUCACGCUGGAAGCGAAGCAGGGCUUUUGCAACAGGCUGAAUGAAGGUCUCAAAGAACUAGGGCUGCACCAUGCAAAACUCGAAGAAGCGGCUUUGCUCCAAGUGCCUGCUCGGCAUCAUGCCCAAACAUGGGUCGUGAGUGCACUGAGCGGGCUGGCGAUGCUAUGCGGAGGCAAAAUGGAAGAAGCUGCCAGAGCGCUGCGGAUAUCAAGCGGCGUUGCUUGGGUUGUCGGAAACUACGAGAGCCGCCAUUUGAUCGAGGACGUCCUGGCUGCCAUCCUCCACCAGCCGGUAGCUUCAACCAAGCCCAAACCUGCCAACACCAGCGGCGUUCAACAGAGCGCAAAGUGCGUGGCCUUCAGCCCUUCGCUGGAUAACGUCAAUGCCAAAAUGAAUCGAUUUGGUGUCCCUCCGGAAAAUUACAUGAGAGCCUUGCUACAUCGGUCUAUUCUGUUUGCAGAUGGCAUGGUUGUCCCUCCGAACACGAUCACCAACUCUACGGUGUUUGUGGAUGAGAUAUUGUUCCAGGGCGAGCGCGAUCAGUUGGAUGAAGUCUACAUGCGCCAUGUAUUCCCAAUCUUAUCCGCAAAGCUAAAAGAUGGACCUCGCAAGUUGCAAAGGUGUCGUGAGACCAGGGCGAAACUAUACAUUUUUGAACCGGUCAACGAGGAUCACAUUGCGCAGAUGGACGACUAUUUCGAUGAUCCAGCAAACGCUCAUCAGAUUCUUUACUAUGACGAACCUACACUGAGCCGAGACUAUGGCAGGUAUUUGCGGGCUGAAGUCGACCCUCUCCAUCGGGAAGAAACCAUUGAACAUCUCGUACAACUUUGGAACCACAUCGAAGCAGGGGGUCGUUGGGAUGUUGACGACAACUAUGUUGAACGUUCUUCCAUUGCCAAAGAGGCGGCUCAAGACCUUUCUGACUCCCUUCACCUGCUGUCUAAGCACCUUCCGGAAGCGGUUUUUCGAUCCCCGCUGUACAAAUUCGCAGAUCUGUUUGACGAGGCAAGCGACCGAGAUAGUGUCAUCCAGUUUUUGACCAAGGACACGGGCGAGAAGGCUAAGCUGCAGCUCUUGAAGGCGCGGGAUCGGAUCGUUGAGAAACCUUGGCUCUAUGGCCCCUUCUGCCACGAGAUCUUCGACGCCCCAUACCGGGCAACUCUGACUUUCGACUAUGCUUCGCGGGCUGAGAACGAAACGCUCAUCUUUCUCGAGGACGACGAGGUUCCUUCGUGGCAGUUCAUGUCGUCGGUCGCGCACGUGGGAGACUCCCAGAAGAGCUUCUCGACUUGUGCUAUCUCUUCUGGCAGCCAUAAGUACUCGUCCCUCCUCCUAAGUCAGAUGCCUGCGGCAGCGUUGUUGGACCUGAGGGACGAGCUGGCCCCCGUUCGAGAGAAGAUCUUCCACGGCGUGGAGCUCUCGGCUGACGACGUGCAGAAAAUGAAGAGUGCGAUGCGUUCGUUUGAAAACCGGUCGCUGGUUCUACCUGAGGUGGAAAUCCAAGAUAUCAUUGAUGUUGAUCAACGCAUCAAAGGGCCGGCCAAAAAGCUCCUCUCGCAGUGUCUCUUUUUAGUGAGAAAGGGCCUUCCGCUGGAGCCCAUGUAUGAAGAGGCUCAAGUGACGCUUCCCGGUCUGCUGGCCUUGCGGCGAGAAGGUGUUUGAACAGCGCAUGGCAAAGGGUGAAGUUGCGGAACGAGUACCUGGAUAGUCUGUGACCAUUAGAGAUCGAUUAGUGUCGGUAUCUUCCUCAAGGAUACUGAAUGC